CCCCUUUAGGGAACAAGGGUCAAUUGUGCUGCGACAACCCCUGGAGCACGCAGCAGAGGACCUCAGUAGCUGACCACCGAUUGGUCAGUUAGAGAGAAAAGGGCGGUCCGAAUGAAUUAGUGAUAGACGCUAAAGGCAGAUAUCCUGCAGUGAUCAAACCCUGGGUGAUCUGACAGUCCAGUGUUUGAAGUGAUUAUCAUGCUAGGCAACAUAAAGGCUAACCCCCAGCUUUGGGCCUAAUUAGUUCACUUAGGGCCCUUUAUAAGACAUUGAUAAGGGACAAGGAAGAACAGACACUCACUGAGUCAGCACAGCAACAGGAUAGCAGCAGCAGCAGGAGAAGCAGACUUGGAUCUCUUAAGUUGACCUGCUGCUACAACAAACAAACCCAUCGAAGAGUAUCUGCUUCUCUGAGAAUGCCACACUUAACUGACUGCAGUUACUAUACGAUGCGGGACGCAACCAGAGCUUCAAAUGUACACAGCCACCUGGAGAACUCCAAGUUCCACCUGCACCAAAGCCAGAACCAGCAGGUGAAGCAGUACCUGACGCUGGCGUCGGCGGCUGGGCAGGGCCACAACGUUACACAUCCACACACACCGGGCCAGGCGCUGGCCAACGUGCCCAUAAUGAGGAAUGGACACAUGCCCUCCGUUAGUGACAGCAGCAACCCCAACAGCCCUGUUACUCUGCUGACUAUGGCCAACCAUGACAGUGAGUUUCCAAUGGAUGAAGUUAUUGAUGACCUAAUUAGUCUUGAAUCCGGUUUCAAUGAUGGAGGCUUGGAUUGCAUGGAGCCUAACAUCAUAAUGCAAAACAAUGUGUCCCUCAGUGGCAGCAUGCUGGACGUCUAUGGGGGUGAACAAGGUAUGAACGCCCCUAAUGGCGGAAUGAAUCCCACAUCUAACCCCACAAAGCUCACUGUAAAAAGGGAAUACACAGAACUCGACACGAGAGUGAUGGCCAAGGAGAGGCAGAAAAAAGACAACCAUAAUUUGAUUGAAAGAAGACGAAGAUACAACAUCAACUACAGGAUAAAGGAGUUGGGGACGCUCAUACCUAAGUCGAAUGACCCAGACAUGCGCUGGAACAAAGGCACCAUCCUGAAGGCCUCGGUGGAGUACAUAAGGUGGCUGCAGAAGGAGCAGCAGCACGCUCGGGAGCUGGAGAGCCGACAGAAGAAGCUGGAGCAGGCGAACAGGAGGCUGCUGUUGAGGAUCCAGGAGCUUGAGAUCCAGGCUCGAGCACAUGGCCUACCAAACAUGGCCACAGCCCUGGGGACAGUUGAACUCUCCUCCCACCUCCUCAAACAACAACAGCAGCAACAACAGCAGCAGCAGCAACAGUCGUCCCCCCAACCUCAGCAACCCCAGCAGCCCCAGCAGCCACCCCUCUACCAGGAGGACCCCAACAACGACUACCUCCAGAGGAUAGCUGGGGUAACCGGUGUCCCAUCCAUCCCCAGUGCUGCCGGGCCACAGGAUCACAUCCAAGGCGCGGACGGCUGCACCACUUUCUCCGACCCACUGUCCCACUUCACAGACUUCUUCAGCGCCACGCUCAAGGAGGAGCACCGGCUGGAUGAGAUCCUGAUGGACGACCCACUCUCGCCAUUUGGCACCGAUCCGCUUCUCUCGGCUGGCUCGCCUGGAGGUGCGUCCAAAGACAGCAGCCGCAGAAGCAGUUUCAGCUCAGCUGAGGGUGACGACCCAUAAGACUUCGCUCUCUUGAACAAACACAGAGUCUUACAAAGACUGACUCUUGCGAACAUGACCACUUCAAGUGUUGCAACUACUUUUGAAUGACAGCUAAAACACCUGACCGUACUCUUAAAGGUGUCACUUGUAAAUAAAAUGUGUAUUUUUUUUUGCAGUCUCCAAAGCUGAGCAGGACCGGGAGCAGCUUAUGGACUUCCUGUUACCUGACAUAACUUAAUUAUACACAAACCACACCUAUCUCUGCCUCCCGGACAGAGCGGAAACAGACUCAUAAGAAAAAGGGAGACACUUAUCAGCCUUUACAUACAUCAUUUAAAUGACACAGUCUACUGUUUAAACACUGUGGUAGCCACACACUGUAAAAUAUGCAAAAUAAUCACUAUAAAAACAGAUAAGAUGCUCUUUUUUAAAACAAAAGUACCACUAUUGCAAGGACAAAGCUUUUGAUAUUUGAAUUCAGGAUUGUUAUCAUGUGAUGUGCCUUAUUCAAACUCAAAGUUUUGUUUAAAAAGAAAGAUGAAAACCUGUAACUGCUGACUCACCACAAUGCCUAACAUGUCUUUGGUCUUGUCCGUGUCUUUUUAUGUGUUUUUGUUAAAUAAGCGUUUAUGUAUUUAUAUAUGUUCUAAUCCAUGUAUUCAUAAAAAAGAUAUAUAUUAUUAUCUAACAUGUUACCUUUUUUAUUCUUAGCAGGGGUGGGGAAAAUAUAAUAAACCCCUCUUUUUGAUAAA